GAAAUGAUGGCGGCGCUGAACCGGCCGCAGGUGCCCACGAGCGUGGUCACGCUAGACCCGGUGCAGCCGGCCGACUUCGCGGACUGCAUCAACAGCCAGCACUCGGCGCAGCGCCGGCGGCACCACCACUCGCAGCACUCGCUCUCGAAACCAACAGAGAACGGCGAGGGCGACCGCCGCGACAGCCACCAGCGUUCGCUGGAAGCGCGGCAGUCGCAGUGGAAGCGCAUCAUGUUGCUGGUGGUGGCCAUCACCGUGCACAACAUUCCCGAGGGGCUCGCCGUCGGCGUGUCGUUCGGCGCGGCGGCGGCCAGCGAUGACGUCGCCAACUCCUUCCAUGUCGCCAGGUUUGUUGGAUUUUGAGCUCUUUUUAAAAGCGCGCAAGGUCAUUUUUAGG